CUCACCACCAAGUGUCGAUCCUCCAGAGUCGGCCGCUGGUUCGCUGGCCAAACCUCAUCACAUCGUCCCCUCAUCACCGACAUGGUCACACAGCGUCGACCAAUGUGCGAUCUGAGACAAUGUUUCUGUUUUUUGGUGGCUGAUGCGAGAAAAUGACGGAGCCCCGCAGGUUCCCCUCCCUGCUGUGAUUACUGGAUUUCAAUGCCCAGCGUCUUGCUUUUGCUGCUCUUUGGUUUGCAUCCUGUGCGUCGGUCGCCUCCACAUAAUCCGCUUUACAGACACGGAACGAUACACAGAACGAGCGUCCUUGCAUCUUGAAAACCAUCCGCAGCAAUCUGUUGGCCAAUUCGCAGUUGGCCCGUCACAGACACCAUGGGUUAAACACCGAAAGCGCAGAAAAACGGCUCGAAAACGGCUCACCCGUUCCACAGGGAUCAUGGCCCAAUACCUGACCGCUCUAGCAACUCUGUGGCCGUCUAGCGACUUUGUGGCCCCCAAUCCCGCUCGCGAUGCCCCUGAUCACCUCUUAGUGCGAGUCAGCCCUGCUGCCAAUCGAUGCCUCCCGUUCCUCUCUGGUGCCGUCACCUGCACGACACGUCACAGUCCCCUUCGUCCUCCCACAAGCGCUUGGCUCCUGGCCUUGCGGUGAUCAAUGCCACCUCGAAACUCACAUCACCUCAACGGAGUAUGCAACCCAGUGAUUGAGUGAGUUCAUGCCCUGUUAGCCCUUGCGUCCCUCCGUCUUGUGACCCGAUGCUCCAUCGUGGCUAGCCAACAGUAACCCACGCCUUGAGGGAAUGCUACCCAGAGAGCGGUGAAUCCGUCGACCAAGUCAGUCCAAGCUUGAUGUGAUU